GGAUCGGUCUGCGUACCAUAGGUGUGUUCCACUUAUCGCCCAAAACGCCCAAAAUGCCCCAAUAUCCUAUCCCAGUAGCCGUCGUCUGGGCGUUACGGGCGAUAAGUGGAACGCACCUCAUGCGUACGAAAGGAAUGUGCGGAGUCUGCGCGUAAGAGUCUAAAAUUUAUGACAGAACGUCCGAUGAUUGUCGACUGUCAUCAUAUUGAGACAGAAAAAUAGAUAAGAAAUGGAUGAGAUUUCAAUGGAAUCCAAUUAUUCAAAUGAACCGUCCGUUAUUAACGACUUCUAUAUUGGACUUGUUCUGGCAAUUAGUUCCAGUAUUUUUAUAGGAGCAAGUUUUAUCAUAAAGAAGAAAGCCUUGUUAAAAUUACAGCAUUAUGGUAUGGUACGAGCUGGUUCGGGUGGUCACGGUUAUCUCCGAGAAUGGAUUUGGUGGAUGGGUUUCUUUUCUAUGGGUAUCGGGGAGGCUGCAAAUUUUGCAGCCUAUGCAUUUGCUCCUGCCUCUCUGGUGACACCUCUAGGAGCACUCAGCAUCGUCGUAACUGCGCUUUUGUCAUCAAGAUACUUACAGGAGAAACUAAAUAUCCUUGGGAAGAUUGGGUGCAUCCUGUGUAUCUUAGGCUCAACAAUGUUGGUAUUACAUGCCCCAAAAGAAGUUGAAAUUUCGAGCAUGGAUGAAUUGUUAACAAUGUUACAAAACCGUGGAUUCGCGCUCUACGUUUUUAGUGUCAUAACAUUUUGUCUUUCAAUAUCUUUCUAUUUUGGUCCGAAAUAUGGAAACACGAACGUCUCAGUUUAUAUAUUAAUGUGCUCGAGUGUUGGAUCCUUAAGUGUUAUGAGUUGCAAAGGUUUGGGUUUUGCUCUGAAAAUGACAAUCAAUGGAACCAGUAAUGAAAUGGAAAAUUGGUUGACAUGGGCUCUUUUGUUCUGCGUCAUAUUUUGUGUUAUGGUACAAAUGAAUUACCUUAACAAAGCUCUGGAUCUCUUCAACACUGGAGUCGUAACACCAGUGUAUUACGUUUUUUUCACAACAUUCGUCAUUGUUGCAUCCGCAAUAUUGUUCCAAGAAUGGAAAAAUAUGACAAUACUCAAUGUUUUAGGAUCUUUGUGUGGAUUCUUCACAAUUAUGGUAGCUAUAUUCUUGCUGAAUGCUUUCAAGGAAAUUGAAAUAUCAUCCAACAAUAUUAGACAAAUUGCAAGGCCGAAGAGAGAAGACUGUUAUAGAAGAAGGCACUUGGAAAAUCAUAAUAACAAUAGAAGCAACAGAGUUGAAGAAACUCUUGUUAUAGACCCUAGCAAUACGGAUUCUAUGAGUUAUGGAAGCCCUGAUAAUGCCAGGAAUAAUAUCUGACGGCAGUUGGAAGUUCUGCAACGACGACUAUACUCUUGACAAGAAGAGCAGAAGUGUUAAAAUUAACAAAUAGCAAUUAGCUUCAUUUUGGUUGAAUUAUUCAAAUGGAUGUUAUUUCAUCAAGUGAAAACCGUUGAAGUAAAGUAAAAUUCUAUACAACCAAUCGUAUAGGAAUAUACAAAUUCCUACGAUAAAAGGUUACAAUACUACUUUUCUAUUUUAAUAUCAUCAAUUGGGCGAGCAAAUCGAGAACAUACUCAGUAUUCGAGAGUCGUGGAUAAAAAUUUAAGUUAUUAUUUUCAGGUGUUUUGAUGACCAAACCCUUGACGAUUGAAAUAUGUCAUCAAAAUUUUUCUCAUAGAAAUUUUGAUUCUCAACAAAAUAGAUCUUGGGGCCUUUACUGUAUGUCCAAUCUUGACAGUGGCGUGGAAAUGCAAUGCCUCAAUUGGUAAUAAAUUGCCAGAAGAAGCCUGGUAAAAAAAUCUUAUAUAAAACUACUAUAGCAGUCACUUGGGUCCAAGUAUUGAAAAAGUAGUAAGACUAUGUUCUGUAAUAACACACACAAGCCAAAACGCUGCCAUGUUCUCAUACACCUUGAAAUACAUUUAAUUUUUUAA